GCCCCCGGUUCCCUGAGCCCCCGCCGCCGCUCUCGCCUCCCGGCUUUCCCCCGACUCCAGCUCUGCUUUUAGGACAGCGCCGCCACCGCCUCCAGCUUUCGUCCCGCCCGCGACGCGCUGCCCUCACGCGCCCUGGAUGGCGCUUUCCCUUGCUGGGAUCGAUUUAGAAUGUGAUAACUCAAGUACCUGGUAACACAGUGGAAUAGUGCAACCCAUCUUGGCUUCCCAUGCUAUGUUCUCAGCAGUAAAAAAAUUAUGACAUCAACAUCCAAAGGCAUUCUUCGCCCAUUUCUAAUCGUCUGCGUCAUCCUGGGCUGCUUUGUGGCAUGUCUGCUCAUUUACAUCAAACCCACGAACAGCUGGGUCUUCAGUCCAAUGGAGUCUGCAAGUUCUGUGCUGAAGAUGAAAAAUUUCUUCUCCGCGAAAACUGAUUAUUUUAAUGAAACCACUAUUCUCGUUUGGGUGUGGCCAUUUGGGCAGACUUUUGACCUUACGUCCUGCCAAGCGAUGUUCAACAUCCAAGGGUGCCAUCUCACAACGGACCGUUCAUUGUACAACAAAUCCCACGCGGUCCUGAUACACCACAGAGACAUCAGCUGGGAUCUGACUAACUUACCUCAGCAGGCCAGGCCACCCUUUCAGAAGUGGAUUUGGAUGAACUUAGAGUCACCCACUCAUACCCCCCAAAAGAGUGGCAUUGAGCACUUGUUCAACCUGACUCUGACCUACCGCCGCGACUCAGAUAUUCAAGUGCCUUAUGGGUUCUUGACGGUGAGCACGAAUCCCUUUGCGUUUGAAGUGCCAAGCAAAGAAAAGUUAGUGUGCUGGGUUGUGAGUAACUGGAACCCGGAACAUGCCAGGGUCAAGUACUACAACGAGCUCAGCAAGAGUAUUGAGAUCCACACGUAUGGGCAAGCGUUUGGAGAGUAUGUGAAUGAUAAGAACCUGAUUCCCACCAUAUCUACUUGUAAAUUUUAUCUGUCUUUUGAAAAUUCAAUUCACAAAGAUUACAUCACAGAAAAGCUCUACAAUGCAUUUUUGGCUGGCUCAGUACCUGUUGUCCUCGGACCAUCUAGGGAAAACUAUGAGAAUUAUAUUCCAGCUGAUUCAUUCAUUCAUGUGGAAGAUUAUAACUCUCCCAGUGAGUUGGCAAAGUAUCUGAAGGAAGUUGACAAAAACAAUAAGCUGUACCUUAGUUACUUUAACUGGAGGAAGGAUUUUACUGUAAACCUCCCACGAUUUUGGGAAUCACAUGCAUGCCUAGCUUGUGAUCACGUAAAACGGCAUCAAGAGUAUAAGUCUGUUGGUAAUUUAGAGAAAUGGUUUUGGAAUUAA